GGCUGUGACGUCACACGCGUGCGCGAGCUUCCAUCCUCAGCAAUCGGUCGGCUAAUUUUUGUUUGUUUAAUAAAGAAACACUCAAAAAAAAGAGUUUCACCUUCAGUAUGGAAGAGGAGAAUGACUUUCCGGGACCGGAGUACAGCUGUCGGGAGGAUUUGACCGGAAGCUCUGUGGUUCCUCUUACGUCUUACACUUACACACCUUUCUCUAUCGAAAUCCCAAACAACUACAAUAACGUCAGCCACCCGAGUUCACAUCCUCACCAGCACAGACCAACACCUCGCGAUACGUCUGAGGAUGAGCGGGCGUGUCCCUCGGUCUGGGACGACGAUUUUAACACACACGGCUUUUCCUGUCCGCUUUGUUGUGACCCGUCAAGCUCUCGUUUGUCUCAGUGUCCUCCUGUGUGUUACUCCGACGGCCUUCUUCCUCCGUAUCAGUUCCCCAAUCAUACGACUGCAUCACACACCUGGACACCUGGGGGCGCUGUUCAGUAUCACACGUCCUCAGUUCAACCCACAUUUUGCCCUGUGGCUCCUGAUAUGGAGACAGUGGGGCAACACAAGGACAGCAUGCGUUCCUUCUCAGAAAAAUCUAAGAAGCCCUGCCACUGCACUAAAUCUCAGUGUUUGAAACUCUACUGUGACUGCUUUGCAAACGGAGAGAUCUGCAGCGACUGCAGCUGCAUUAACUGCUGCAACAACAUGGAGCAUGCGACUGAUAGAUACAGAGCCAUUAAGACCUGUUUAGACAGAAACCCGGAUGCCUUUCGUUCUAAAAUCAACAGCAGCGUCCAGGGGGAUGUGAAAGGAAGUCACACACGAGGCUGUAACUGCAAAAGCUCGGGCUGCCUGAAGAACUACUGCGAGUGUUACAAGGCUAAGAUCAUGUGCUCGUCCGUGUGUAAGUGUGUGAGCUGCAGUAACUACAGCAGGAGUGAGGUGAAGGAGAGCGCAGUGGAGACGUCGUCACACUCCGACUACAGCAGCACACAAGCCAAGAGCAGUGUGUCGUGUAUCACGGACGCCGUGGUGGAGGCCACGUGCGGGUGUCUGCUGGCUCAGGCGGAGGAGGCGGAGAAGGAGGGACUGACUCGAGUUCAGGCUGAGCGAGCGACUCUGGAGGAGUUCGGACACUGUCUCACUCAGAUAGUACACUUCAUGUUCAAACACACACACACACAGAGGUAGAGCUGCCACACACACACACACACACACACACACACACACACACACA